AAGUUUCAAAUUGAAAAUGAGUCUGUUUGAACUUUGAGUUUACAAACAAACAUGUGAACAUCAAGUAUUUUGCGCGUCGUGGGUGUUUUGCAUAAAUAACAUAAUAUAAUGGAGAAUUAGAUAGUAAAUCCACAGUAUCACGUCAAGAUGAUUAUCGCGUUGCAAAUAUUAUUAUUUUUCCGCGAAAGUCUCUUUCGAGUGCUCGACACACUACUUCAACCAUAUUACAAAAAAAUUAAUUUGACGUUUAAAGAAAAUGUUUCCGAAGACGAGGAUUCAGACGAUCAGGUUUUCGCGGAAUUCGAUGACGAAAAAGGUGUAAUUUUCUAUCCCCGAAUGUACGUGCAAAGAUAUGCUGCAGUGAGCGACUGUCUUAUGGAUGAAAGAUGGAAUGGGCAGCUAGAAAAGGUGGUUGACUUCGGAUACCAUGAUAUGAGCUUCAUUAAAUAUCUGAAGGAGGUACCUGGCAUCAAACAUGUUUUGGGUGUGGAUAUUGAAACAAUACCACUACAAUGUUCAUCUUUAAUUUUAGGUUGUGAUGAACAUACAAGAGAAAAUCCUUUAAAAGUCACACUGUUUCAAGGAAAUGCUGCAGAUCCGGAUUAUAGGCUGAUUGGUUGUGAUGCAGUAAUAGCAAUUGAAAUGAUUGAACAUAUGCUUCCACAUGACCUUGAGAGAUUUGUUCAUACCGUAUUUGGUUUCAUCAAGCCUCGGAUAGUUAUAUUGACUACCCCGAAUGCAGACUUCAAUGUCAUGUUUAAGGCCCUGGAAAAUAACGGCCUUAGAAGAUUGGAUCAUUUCUUUGAAUGGAGCAGAUCACAAUUUAAUGAUUGGUGCAGCAACAUAGUAGAUAGAUACCCAAACUACACCGUGACAUGUAAAGGCAUUGGUCCUGGCCCACCAGAUACGCUGCGGUUGGGUUGCUGCAGCCAGCUUGCUCUUUUUGUUGCCAAGGUUUACCAUAAACAAAACGAUUUAGAUCUGAAUAGUCUUGCCGUAGUUGCAUGUACAGAUGUUCCAAGGCCUACAAGCCUGAGUGAUAUGACAUGCAGUUUUGACUGCAUUCCUGAUUCGAGUGUGCUAUGUCUCACGGAUGGAAACAAUGAAUCGUACGUUGCAUUCCCAUAUACCGAAAAAGAGUCCUGCCUAACAAUUAUCCUAUCAACAUCCUCUUUUCCCUAUAAGGAAAUUGAGUACGCUGACAAGAACUUUCAAUGUAACCUCGAGACGGAGAGGAGUAAAAGCUUCCUGUUUGAAGAGGAAACAUGUACCUUAGUACCAAACAGGAGGGUGAUAAAUAAAACCUAUCAUUUCGAAGACGUCAAUAACAGGUUGAACUGCUCUACAUUACAAGUGAAUAAGUUUUCGAAAACAACACAAAGCUUAAUCGCAAAGAAUAAAAUAGAUUCGUUAGCUUAUACGCGGGAGGUUGUCGAUGAGAUCAAGCAUUUGACACGAAUGCUCAACUUCAACAAGGAUGGUUGCGGUCAGCGCAACGGUUGUAUAUGGCAUAACUUUAAUUGGGGCGAGAACGCGCCUUAUUGGAACCAAUACUAUAAAGUUGUACGGGACUAUAGCCACCCAUUUGAGAUAAAGUCUGAGGAAAGUCUCAUACUGGAUGCCAUAUCCGAGGAGAUAAAUCUGCUGAUCGAUUCAGAUAAUGUUCAGUAUGCCAUAGAUGUUGACAAGUUUGAGAUUCCUAUAGCUCAUCUGAUGGAGGUCGUGAAACAUAUCACAAACGACACUAAUAAAGUCAAGGAUCUGCUGGAGUGGAAUGGUUACCAAGUUGUCGAUGACGUUUUGAUACAUUCACGACUUGUCGUGGACACGAUAUCGGCCGGCCUUGAAGAGGACGAGUGGUUAGACAACGACACACUAUCAGAUGUGAAUAAACAAUUUGAAUUUGUUUGUAUUUAGCGUUGUAUUGUGUACUUCCCGGUUACAUUAUCUCUGGACCUGACGUCGAUUACGUCACAUCGUCGCUUUGUAACGGUGUGCAAAACAAGCAUAAAUAAGCAACGAUUUAUUUUUUCUGUACUAUUGCUUAAUGUGAUUCUGAUUAUCGCUCACAUUCCAGCGAGGUGCUGAGAUAAUGUGGCCGUGUAGUUAUCAUUUCUGUAUUAACAGACGGAGUGUUGCUCUCUGCAUAGAGUUUUACCAGUGGGCUAGCACAGAGAUGCUUUUUGCUGCCGCCAAUCAUUAUUGUGUUUAGGUUUGGAAGGUGCCGCAGCUAGUAACUAACAGGGCUAAUGAGACCAUAACAUCUUGUGUCAAAGUGACAAUCAUGAAUUCUGUGCAGCACUGCAUUGUAAUGUAACGUCUCGUCAUUUCAUCGUUUAAGCCGAAAACGUCCACUGCUGAACAAAGGCCACUCCCAAAGAAUCCAUGACGAUCGGUCCUGUUUUGCCCUCAUCUAACCUAUUCCGGCGGUCUUGACUAGAUCAUCGGCCUACCAACACAACGUCUUCCGGUACGUGGACGCCCUUCGAGGACUUUCUGUUCGCCGAGCUAUGUGCCCUGCCCACUGUCGCUUCUGUUUCUCCUACGAAUACCUGACUGGUUGUCCUACUAAUCUCAUUUCUGAUUCGAUCUCGCAGGGAAACUCCGACCAUAGCCCUCUCCAUUACCCUCUGAGCGGCCACGAGCUAUCACUCCACACUUUUAUUUGUACCCAUAUAUUUCCUCGCGACUUAAUAGUAGAGCUAUUGCAGUUUCUAAUUGAAUUGCUUUAACUGCUACUAGUACAUUGGUGUCUAAAUAACUCUCCUCUAUUUCAUUUCACCGUUUUAAUACCAUGUAUUCAUUGGCAUAAAAACAUGAAAUUAAUUCAGUGCAGCAAGCAACAUUUCGUCGUAAUGUAAAUAUAUGUAAUACGUAAAUACUUGAUGGCCAUUGUUGUAACUCACCAUUAUCACAAUGCAGUAAUAGAACAGUACUUUAACUUCUUACUAGAGCGCCCGAAUCGCUAAGCAAUCUUGGGGAGACAAAACGAUUGAGUGCCACGCCGUAUGCCGAGACUGGUCGCUAUCCGAGUUAAAUUAGUUGCGUUGCCAAUCUUUUUGUAUAUACAAACCCUAGCGCUCCGCCCAAGCAUAGGUUUAAAUUUCAAGGAGACCGCUGAGUUACGCUAUUGUUGUAUUCGCGUCGUUAAUCUGUAUGUACAAACCCCAGCGCUCCGCCCUGUUACGCUACUGUUCUAAUACUUGUAUUUUGCCAUUACCAUACUUCUGUGUCGAAGUAUCCGAUCGGAACAGAACAUUCUAGCGAAAUUCGGUGGAAUUUAUUUUAUUUCUCUCAUUUAUACAGACUUUUAAAAAAAAAAGUGUUGAAUACAAAAAAAACAAUAAUUUAAGAGUUUAUUUAUAUUACUGCCUUAAAAUAAAUAAAAUUAAUGAUAAUAAAAUGACAAGACUUUUUGAAAUAAAAAAUUGUCAGUUAUUCACGAAUUCAGAGUUUCAAUGCGGCUUAAGGUUCGGUAGAUUUUGUGUCGAAAGCGAAUUUUUUUUCGCCAUGCCAAUUAAAUACAAAUUAUUUAUAGGCAUAAUAUAUAUAUAUAUAUAUAUGGCAAGUUUAAGUGGUCUCAGUAUAUAAACAUAUCGUAUUUAGAUAUUUUCCUACCUUCAUAUGACGAUGUAUAAUAUGAUGUAUACUAAAAACUUGCAGUAGAAAUAUGUUUAGAGAUUGUAUCAUUUUUCGUUCGUAAGAGUUUAUUUUGUUUGCCUAAGUUAAGUGUUUAUUACAAGUUGAAUACAUAUUUUCAUAUUU